UUAGCAUUUAUAACCAGAUAUAUUUUAUAUUUUUUUGUUUAAUAUGUAAUAAAUUAGCUUGGUUCGUACGCGUUAAUGCACUGAGGACUUUUGUAUAUAAUGUCAUUAACAUUGUCUAAGAAGCAACGUCCCCGUUUACAUUAUUUAUGUAUGGUUAUCUUUACAUAACUCGCUAAUCUUGAUUUUAUUUCGCGCGAUUUCUGGACGCUUCCUAGACAAUGCACUGCUGAGGUUAACUCCACUCACAUGAUGUAAAUUUUAAUAAUGAGUUUCUUGAACGAAUUACGCACCAAACGGCACUGUUUGAAACCAACCACCACCACGUUAACCUACUUGGACGGCAGAAAGUUCGAAGAGUCGGGGCCGGACGCUCUUGUGGAGAUCCCCAGAACGCAAUUCGGUUUCAUCGUCGACGCAAAACCCGACAACGUCCCCGCUAAAAUCGUCGAUUACGUCUACUUGGGCUCGCAGGAUUGUUGCGACCCGCAAGUACUCGGUCGUUUCGAUAUCAACAACGUGCUGAGUGUCGGUGUGGACGCCCCAUCUAAAUGUGAAAAAAUCGCUUACAGAUUCGUUCAGUGCUUGGAUUUACCCCAGACCAACUUACUCGACGUUUUGAAGGAGAGUGUUUGUUUUAUUCAAGACGCCGUACAGCGGCAGAGUAACGUUUUGGUGCAUUGUAAUGCGGGAGUCAGUAGGUCAGCCUCGGUUAUGAUAGGUUACUUAAUUUUAGUUUGUGGUUAUAACUACUGUAAUGCGUAUCAAAUUGUAAAGAAGUCCAGGAGUUGUAUUAGGCCAAAUGAUGGGUUUGUUGAACAACUGAAAAAAUUGAGUAGUAAAUAAUUUAUAUUUUCGAUGUUCACUACUUUAUGGUUUUUUUGUUCGUAGUUUGUAGAAAUUUUUUUCUUUAAAAUAAUUUUUUUAGUAUAUUGCUAACAAGAUUCUUUUUUUAUUGAUAAAAGAUAGCAGACAUUUUUAAGAAAUACAUGUAAUUUACUUCCAAUAAAAUUUUAUAUUUGUGA